AUGAAAGCCAGACAAAUAAUUACUCACCUGGCGGUGCUGUUGCUAUUAGUGACCCCGCAGGCACGGGCAGCGGCACCGGCAGAUGGCGACAACUUAGCGACGCUGGCGUACUUGUGCCCCGCCCUUCAGCUAGCGGACGGCGACAUAACAUUGCACCCCGAACAAAGCAAUCUAGAUGGCAGCCUACAAGACCUGCUAGCGCUAAACAUGUCACUAGCAGACGCCGCCUGGGCAGCUCAAUUCAAGGCCUCACCGCCAGGUGCAACGCCAGUAGCAGCAACCGAGCAGCAGCAGAAGCAACAAGCCGGCACGCCAGAACAAAUUGCUGCCUGGACUGCCGCCAAGGCCAAUGUAGAUAACACCGCCAAAUUCAAAGAUGUACUCGCAAAAUACGGUUACACUCAAGAAAACGCGUCAAAGCUAAUUCCUUUGAAAGGACCAAUCGCACAGUACGCUGACGCGGCGUUCGGCAUACAACAAGCGACAAAGACAAGCGAAAAAGACGACAAAACAGAUUCAGACCUCAAAGCUUUGAUAAAAACAGCAAUCUACGGCCAUGACGGCGGCUACGACGCCACAAAAAAGGAAGAAAUGGGGCUACAAGGGACACAAAACCGGGAAAACCACUGUACAGCACAAAGUAACAGCAACCCAAUUCAAACGAUUUCGACUAUGGUCGCUUGUCUGUGUGCCGUAAAGGACGACAUGGUGUCGGGAAAAGCACCGUGCGGGCCGCACGCAGACGCAACGCUAAAAUGGCAAGCUGACGGGCCGCCACAGACGCCACUAUGGCCGAAGAUCCGCUCUAUCUGCCCAAAAGCCGACGGCGGAACUGUAACAGCCGACAGAAUAGCAGCAGCAAUAGCAGCAGCAAAGAUGGCUUUCUUCAGCAAAGGCAACGAUCUUUAUGUCGGCAAGUUCGACAUGGCCGGCUGCGACGGCAGCAACAAUGGUGCCUGUAUAAAGUACACAGACCAGGCGUCGAACUCAGUACCCAGCUUCAAGCAGGCCGCAUGGAUAGACAAACUUGAAACUGUAGAGACAUCAUUGCGAACGCGCCAGCAGAACCAGGACAUCCAAAAGCAGGCGCAGACAAAAAUAGAAACGCUCAAGCAGCUGGUCAAAGCAGCCGCCAAACACGCAGAAAAACUUACAGCGCCAACGACGCAGCACCAUAGCAACCCAAAACUAGCCACCACAAACGACAAAAAUAGCCAAGCUCAGAAAACAGCAGAUUGCUCAAAACUUGAAAAAGCGGAGUGCAAGCCCGAUGUGGGAUGCAGAUAUAACGAAACAACUAACAAAUGCGAAGAAGAUCCAAAAAGUCCAGUUGUGCAGGCAAACAAAGAAGCUAAAGGAGGAGCAACAAACUCUGAAGGUAAGAAUUACUCUGGCAAGAAAACUGAGGGCGAAUGUAAAGAUAGCUGCAAAUGGGAUGGAAAAGAAUGCAAAGAUUCCAUUUUCCUUUUCCGUAAAAAAUUUUUCCUGAUUGUUUUUGCAUUUUUGGUCUUGCUGUUUUAA